AUGGCUUCCUUGCAAUCGGCGCCUACCAUGGCGCCAGGCAAUUACGCCCUACCAGCCAAUCUUACCCAGCAACAUGUGCAGGAGGUUCUUCAGAAAUUCAAGCAGAUGCAAGAGCAGGGUGUCAGCCCUAAUGACCCCGAGUACAUCAAAGCCCAUCAAUUGCUCGCCACCAUACAGCGUCAGCAAGUCUUGAAGCAGAAACAACGUCAGCAACAGGCGCAACAAGCUCAGCAACAGGGUUCUCACGCCAUGAACAUGAACGCACCCCAGAAUGGCGCUAUGUCUGAUGCUGCUGCCAACGGACUUCACGUACUGACAAAAGGUGAUCUCACCAUAGCUCGAAACCCAUCCGCUUCCUCAAUGACUGGACAAAAUGCCGACAGCCAAUCCGCCAAUCUUCAACCUGGAGUCAACCGCAAGGGGCCAACCGUUGGCGGAGGAAGCUUCUCGGCGGAACAAUUGGCUACUCUUCGAAAUCAGAUCAUGGCUUUCAAGACACUGUCCAAGAAUCAGCCUAUCGCACCUGCCCUACACCAGCAACUGUUCCCGGCCAAGAAGUCACAGCAGACUAAUAUGACCGACAAGCCCACCGCAUCAGAGAAGGGAUUGGACGGUCAAGACAACAGUGCUGCGGCGUCCUCAGGCGACGCCACUGGUGAACCUGCCGAGAAAGAUUCGUAUACACGAUACGACCUCAGCGAGACGCCUCUUCACAAGGUCAUCAACUUCGACGGCCACAAGCACCGCAUCAACCGACCUCGCGUUCCGGCUCUGGAGUGCACUGGUAUCGAUUGGCGUCAGGUUCGUGAGGACCGUGAGUUGCUCGUGUACAACCGCAUGUCGGCUCGUAUGAAGGAGCUGGAGAAACUUUCAACCAGUAUCGGUGUUUGGGACACAAGCAAAAGCGAUGCGCCUACUGGAGAUGACUCAGUGAAGUUGAAGGCUUUGAUCGAGCUCAAGUCGCUCGGCUUGCGGGCCAAACAGCAAGCUUUGCGAGAGAAGAUUCGCCGUUCCGGAUUUGACGCCGCUGAGACCAACCAGACAAAUCGGGCUGUGCAUCGUCGCAUGAAGCGCCCGUCUCUCCGUGAGGCGAGAAUUACCGAAAAGCUCGAGAAGCAGCAGCGCGACGCCCGUGAGACACGUGAGAAGAAGAAGCAGUUCGAUCAGCUGCAGGCUAUUCUGACACACGGCCACGAGAUGGCCACUGCCUCAGUAGCAAGCCGUAAUCGCUCAACCAAGCUGGGCCGCAUGAUGAUACAGCAUCACCAGCACAUGGAGCGCGAAGAGCAGAAGCGUGUCGAGCGUACUGCCAAGCAGCGUCUGCAAGCCUUGAAGGCCAACGAUGAGGAGACAUACCUGAAGCUCCUGGGACAAGCCAAGGACUCGCGUAUCUCCCAUCUGCUUGGCCAGACUGACAAGUUCCUGAAGGAGCUUGCGAACUCCGUGCGCCAGCAGCAGCGGAACCAAGCCGAGCGUUAUGGCGAUAACGAAGAUUUCGUGGACGAGGACGAAGAGAUCGUCGACAGUGACGAAGAUGACGAUGGAACCGGCAAAAAGAAGAUGGACUAUUACGCCGUCGCCCAUCGUAUUCAGGAGACCGUUACGGAACAGCCAUCCAUCCUUGUCGGCGGUACCCUGAAGGAGUACCAGCUCAAGGGUCUCCAGUGGAUGAUCUCACUGUAUAACAACAACCUGAACGGUAUUUUGGCGGACGAAAUGGGUCUUGGAAAAACGAUUCAAACCAUCAGUUUGAUCACUUACAUCAUUGAAAAGAAACGGAAUAAUGGACCUUUCUUGGUCAUUGUGCCACUGAGUACUUUGACCAAUUGGACACUGGAGUUUGAGAAGUGGGCACCUUCGGUCACGAAGGUGGUGUACAAAGGGCCACCAAACGCUCGCAAGCAGCAACAGCAACAAAUUCGGUGGGGCCAGUUCCAGGUUCUCUUGACGACUUACGAGUACAUCAUCAAAGAUCGCCCUAUCUUGUCUAAGAUCAAGUGGGCGCACAUGAUCGUUGACGAAGGUCAUCGUAUGAAGAACGCGAGCUCCAAGCUCAGCAGCACCUUGUCGACUUACUAUCACACCCGCUACCGUUUGAUUCUCACUGGUACACCCCUCCAAAAUAAUUUGCCUGAGCUGUGGGCGUUGCUCAACUUCGUUCUGCCAAACAUCUUCAAGUCAGUCAAGUCUUUCGAUGAGUGGUUCAACACUCCAUUCGCCAAUACAGGCGGUCAAGACCGCAUGGAUCUCACCGAAGAAGAGCAGCUGCUCGUCAUUCGUCGUCUGCACAAGGUUCUCCGCCCAUUCUUGCUGCGUCGUCUGAAGAAGGACGUGGAGAAGGAUCUUCCUGAUAAGCAAGAGCGUGUCGUCAAGUGCCGUUUCUCUGCUUUGCAAACCCGCUUGUACAAGCAAUUGGUCACUCAUAACAAAAUGGCCGUCAGUGACGGAAAGGGUGGAAAGACCAAUGUCCGUGGUCUCAGCAACAUGCUGAUGCAGUUGCGAAAGCUUUGCAACCAUCCUUUCGUAUUCGAACCAGUUGAAGACCAGAUGAACCCCAGUCGCAUGACGAAUGAUUUGUUGUGGCGAACCUGCGGUAAAUUCGAGCUCCUGGAUCGAGUCCUCCCCAAGUUCCGCCGCACCGGUCACAGGGUCCUUAUGUUCUUCCAGAUGACACAGAUCAUGAACAUCAUGGAAGACUUCCUUCGCAUGCGUGGUCUCAAGUACCUUCGUCUUGACGGUGCCACAAAGUCUGAUGAUCGUUCCGACUUACUGAAGGUGUUCAACGACCCCAACUCCGAGUACUUCUGUUUCUUGCUGUCCACCCGUGCUGGUGGUCUUGGUCUCAACUUGCAGACUGCCGAUACCGUCAUCAUCUACGAUUCCGAUUGGAAUCCUCACCAGGAUCUGCAAGCUCAAGAUCGUGCUCACCGUAUCGGCCAGAAGAAUGAAGUUCGCAUCUUGCGACUCAUCAGUUCAAACUCUGUCGAGGAGAAGAUCCUGGAACGUGCGCAGUUCAAGCUCGACAUGGAUGGCAAGGUUAUUCAGGCCGGAAAGUUCGAUAACAAAUCAACCAGUGAAGAGCGAGACAAGUUCCUGCGAACUCUGUUGGAGUCCACUGAGGACACUGAACAGUUCGGUGAUCAGGAAGAAAUGGAAGAUGAUGACUUGAACGAGAUUAUGGCCCGCUCUGAAGAAGAGCUUGCUCUGUUCCAACAAAUGGACAGGGAGCGAGAGCAGAAUGACGAAUACGGACCUGGUCGUCGUUAUCCUCGAUUGAUGUGUGAUGAGGAGUUGCCUGAUAUCUACGUUCAAGAGGAUGCUCCUAUCACAGAAGAGCCCAUCACGGAAGUAUACGGUCGUGGCGCCCGUGAGCGUAAGGUCAAACGAUACGAUGACGAUAUUCCUCUUGAGGAGUGGACGAGACUCGUCGCUGAGUGUGAAGAGAGCGGUGCGAACAUUGACGACGUUGUCGAGCAAUACUUGCAGGAACGUGAAGAUCGCAAGGCUCGCAAGGAGAAGAGGAAGCUCAAGGCUCAAGGUGCUAUUGAAUCCUCUCCCGAACCCGUCGAGAACGACGAGACUCCUCCCCGCAAGCGGCGUCGUGGACCGGCUCCCAAGCGCAAGGCGGAAGAAGUGGCCGAAGAGACACCGCAGCCCAAGCGCAAGCGCGGUCGUCAGCCCAAGAUUCCUGACACUCUAAGCAGCUCUGAUCGCGCAGCUUUGACCAGCAUUGUCAACAGCGUGAUGUCAUCCCUGAAGGAGAUGACCGAAGAAGUCGAGCUGGAGGAAUCUGACGGCGAAGAGGGUGGCACUGUACUUCGCUCGAUCAUCGAGCCAUUCUUGAAGCCUCCUCCUCGCCACCACUAUCCUGCUUACUACAAGAUCAUCCAGAACCCUAUUGCCAUUGACAUGAUUGAGAAGAAGAUCAAGCGUGAUGAUUACCAGAGCAUGAAGGAGUUCCGGGAUGAUAUCCAUCUUCUCUGCGAGAACGCUCGGACUUUCAAUGAGGACGGCAGUCUUUUGUUCCAGGAUGCCAAUGCCAUUGAGGCUAAAUGUGUGGAAGAGCUCAAGAAGCUCACCGCGGACCAUCCGCAGUUUGCUAACUUUGAUGGCGGCGAAUCCGUUGCGGGUGAAGGCCAAUCGACCGGUGGUCCCUCCGGCCCUGCUACCCCUCAGACGACCGGCACACCAGCUCAACCAAAAUUGAAGCUUACCUUCAACAAACCGAAGGAGGAGAGUGCCACUAGCGCUGCGACGAGUAUCGCCAAUGGUCCCGACGGCGAGGAUGAAUAA